UGCACAUCCGUCUUUGUGCCUCCCCUCCCCCUUGUCCUGACACCUUUUCCUGUGCCCAGGAGUCAUGGCCUCACCUGGGCUCAGCCCAUCACACAGAAUUUCUCCCCCCAGGUCUGUGCCCUUAUGUGCUCCAUGUCCUGCUGCUGUGUGAGCCCCCAGCAGCCCCCGAGCAGCACAGCAGCAUUUCCAGAGCAAAGAUCUGUUCAACAAUGCACAAAUCCCUUUUACUUUCAUUUCUGAGGGGACGAAGUACAGAAGGAAACGGGCAUCCCAGCCAUAAGGUCUCACUCAGCGGCUGCAUUUCCUGCUCCCCUCCCUCCACCCCUUGCUGACAGAGCCAGGACUGCACGGGUGGGUGGACUCCAUGAAGACGAUGUUUUUUGGCUGCUGUCCCCACUGCUCUCUGCUGGCUGCUGUCAUUUACGGUUCCUUUUUCCACAUCCCUGUGCUGCCGUCAGCCCCGUUCAGUGUGCAGGGCUCCCCCGACCCUGUGGUUGUGGCUGUGGGGCAGGACGUGGUGCUGCCAUGUCGCCUGUCCCCGGAGCAGAGUGCACAGAACAUGGAGGUGACGUGGUUUAGGGACAAAUUCACACCCUUCGUGCAUCACUACAAGGACAAGAAGGAGCACUAUGGGGACCAGGAUCUUCGAUACCAAGGACGCACAGAGUUGCUGAAAGAUGGGCUCCCCAAUGGCAGCGUGAACUUGAGAAUCUUCCGUGUUCAGCUGCUGGACAAAGGGCAUUAUACCUGCUUUGUUCGCAGUGAUCUGGGAUAUGACGUGGCUGUGGUGGAGCUGAAGGUGACAGCCAGCGGCUCAGCCCCGCUCAUCGCACUGCAGCGCUACCAGGACGGUGGUAUCCGCAUGGCGUGCCGCUCUGCUGGCUGGUUCCCGCAGCCCCAGCUGCUGUGGCAGGACCCCCACGGGCGGCAGCUGCCCCCCGUCUCUGAAAACGUCACCCAGGACGGGGGUGGCCUCUACGCAGUAGAGAGUGUCCUCGUCCUCACCAGCAGUGUGAGCCAGGAGAUGGCCUGCGUGGUGAGGGAUGCGCUGCACAACCAGGAGAAGGAGUCCUCGUUCUCCAUUGCAGAUCCCUUCUUCCAAAACGCCAGACCAUGGAAGAUCGCCCUGAGCGUGGUACUGGUUGCGGUGGUCGCUGUCUCCAUCUUUGCUAUUUAUCUGCUGAAAAUGAAAGGAAAGUAUGAGAAAAAAAUAGCAGCACAAGCUGAAGAGCUGAGGGACUGUGGCACCAAAAUUGAGAAACAAGCUGAGGAACUCGAGUGGAGAAGAUACGCGGUGCCGAUUGAAGAUGAGGAGGUGGUUCUGGACCCAGACACUGCCCACUGCAACCUGGUCCUGACUGAUGAUGGCAAGAGUGUGAAGCGCACAAAACAACGCCAGGACGUCCCCGACCUCCCUGAGCGCUUCGAUCCCUGGCGCUGCGUGCUGGGCUGCAAGGGCUUCACAGCAGGGAGGCACUGCUGGGAUGUGGAGGUGGUGCUGGAUGGAGGGGAGUGGGCGGUGGGAGUCUCUCGAGAAGAUGUGAGGAGGAAAGUGGACAUUAAGUUUGGCCCGGAGGAGGGCAUCUGGGCUGUGGGGCAGUGGGUAGGGAAGUUCCGGGCACUCACUUCUCCGCAGCGUACGCUCCUUCCUGGUGUCCGCACUCCCACGCGGGUCCGGGUCGCUCUGGAUUACGAAUUGGGCUGGGUGGUUUUCUUCAGCGUGGAUGAGGAGAUCCACAUCUUCACAUUUCCACGGGUGUCAUUCCAAGGGAUUAAAGUCCACCCUUGGCUCUGGCUGGGUCCUGGUACACAGCUCAAAAUGUGGCCCUGAUGAAAGGAGGAGAAAAGCAAAGCACUGUGAUGGAUGCUGAACAAACCAGCCUAUAACAGCUGGGAUGAAUUUACCAUCUCCAAGGGUCAAUGAUGUUACCUCUAUGGACUCCUGUCCCAGGGCUGUUUGAUUUUAUGCUUCAUCUGAGGCCAGUUGUGCUGUCACAGCAGCUCCUUCAUUCAUGGGCUUCUCCAAUUGAAGGCUUUACUUGUGUUGCCAGGUGUAUUUUUUAGUUCUGAGAAUAAAUGAGGAUAUACCUGUAUGUGACCCAAAUAAAUAAAGGCUGUUGAUGCUCAGCCCAGCAGUGCUGGGUCUCGCUGCAGA